UGUUGUUGUAGUGCUCUUGGAAGGCGGUGGCGGAGUGGCGUAGGGACAUGCUAACACGUUGAAGACAACCUCUUUUCCCCCCUCUCCCUGUGCGACCCCUUUAGCGUGUCGCUAUCCGCGCGUACCCACAAUCACGAACAAUUCGCAGUCGACAUGCCCAAACGUUCCAGACAAGACGUUUCAGACGAAGAGGCUGGCGACGUCCUUGACGAACUUCCCGAGGUUUUAUCCGACGACGAAGGGGAACAAAGGAACACGCUCAAGAUCAACCUGAGCUCCCUGAAACGCAGAGUGACCCGUUAUACGGACGAAGGGGCGACUCAUCAUCCGAAAGCAUCUAUUCUCUCGCAUAUAUUUUGGUCCACCGACUUCGCCUUCCUGGGGCUGAAACCAGAUCAUUCGGUGCGGCCACUAUGGGUCAAUCCUGAGGACGGCAGCAUUAUCCUAGAAGCAUCGUCACCAAUUGCAGAGCAAGCUAUCGACUUUCUGGUCGCUAUCAGCGAGCCCGUCAGCAGGCCUGCGUUUAUGCACGAAUACAAACUCACGCCAUAUAGUCUGUACGCCGCGGUCUCAGUAGGAUUACAGACCUCGGACAUCAUAGACGUCUUAAACCGCCUAUCGAAGACCCCAGUGCCGGAGUCCGUCCUCGAAUUUAUUCGCGACUGCACCUCAUCGUACGGCAAAGUGAAGCUCGUACUAAAGCGUAACAAGUACUAUAUCGAAUCGAAUAAUAUCGAAGUAUUGCAUCGACUUCUGCGGGACCCUGUUAUCAGGGAAGCGCGGAUGCAGCGUGACGACGCCCUUCCCCAGUCUCGCGACAAGGUGAAUGUAGCGGGCGAAGAUGCUGCGAAAUCCGGUGCUUCUGAAGCUGCGUCUGGCCCGCCCAAGUCGUCCACAGACGCUAACCUCCUCUCCGAGAUCAUUGAAGGUGGUGAUACCGAAGGCGACGACGAUACCCUCCACUCUAUCGAAAUAGUGGACCGGGAGAUCGAUAAUGUCAAGAAGCGCUGCAGCGAACUCGGAUACCCCGCGCUCGAGGAGUACGACUUCCGCAACGACACGGCGAACCCUGAUCUCGACAUCGAUCUGAAGCCUGCUACCGUCAUCCGACCAUACCAGGAGCUGAGCUUGAGCAAGAUGUUUGGUAACGGGCGAGCGAGGUCUGGCAUUAUCGUCUUGCCAUGUGGCGCGGGAAAGACGUUGGUUGGUAUUACCGCAGCUUGUACUGUGAAGAAGAGCUGCCUCGUGCUUUGUACCUCGGCCGUCUCCGUCAUGCAAUGGAAGCAACAAUUCAUGCAGUGGUGCAAUGUCACGGAUCGGCAGAUCGCCGUGUUCACAGCAGAUCAGAAAGAGAAGUUCGCGGGUGAGAGUGGCUUAAUCGUCUCAACCUACUCCAUGGUGGCCAACACGCACAACCGGUCCCACGAGUCCAAGAGGAUGAUGGAGUUCCUCACCUCGCGCGAGUGGGGUCUCGUCAUACUCGACGAGGUCCACGUCGUGCCGGCGGCGAUGUUCAGACGGGUCGUAACGACCAUCAAAGCGCAUGCGAAACUCGGUCUCACUGCGACCUUGGUCCGAGAGGAUGACAAGAUCACGGACUUGAAUUAUAUGAUCGGACCCAAGCUGUACGAAGCGAACUGGAUGGACCUAGCGGCCAAGGGUCACAUCGCGAAUGUGCAGUGCGCGGAGGUGUGGUGCCCAAUGACCCCCGAGUUCUACAGAGAGUACCUCAGAGAAAAGACUCGCAAGCGGACCCUACUGUACUGCAUGAACCCGACCAAGAUCCAAGCUUGCCAGUUCUUGAUACGGUUCCACGAGCAGCGUGGCGACAAGAUCAUCGUCUUCUCAGAUAAUGUCUAUGCGCUGGAGGCAUACGCGAUCAAGCUGGGGAAGCCUUUUAUUCACGGAGGUACACCUCAUCAGGAGCGCAUGGCUGUUCUGCGUAUGUUCCAGCAUGACAGCCGGUAUAACACAAUCUUCUUGUCUAAGGUCGGGGACACCUCAAUAGACCUGCCCGAAGCCACAUGCUUGAUCCAGGUAUCAUCUCACUUUGGAUCGCGAAGGCAAGAGGCGCAACGACUCGGUCGCAUUCUGCGUGCGAAGCGCCGAAAUGACGCAGGUUUUAACGCGUUUUUUUACUCUUUGGUUUCUACGGACACCCAAGAGAUGUUCUACAGCACGAAGCGCCAGCAAUUCUUGAUCGACCAGGGAUAUGCCUUCAAAGUCAUUACGCAUCUCGAGGGUAUGUCCGAGUACCCUGACCUUGCGUUCAAAACGAAGGCGGAGCAAACGGAGCUAUUGUCCUCGGUCCUGCUCGCAAAUGAGAGCGCAGCUGAGAUCGGAGAUGAUGUUAACGCUGUUGUGCGACGGGUGCCGAUGCCAGUUGAACGACCGAGCGUGAGCUCUCGUACCACUGGAUCCCUUGCAUCUCUUGCUGGCGGGGAACAUAUGUCUUAUCGGGAGCAGAACGUCUCUGCCAACAAGAAGCUCAAGCAAGACACGACCCGCCACAAGCUCUUCGCUAAGCGUGAUAGAGACAGAGAGACAAUGAGGAAAGAGAUGAGCAAGAAAGACGGGAGCUGAUGGCCCCGGAGUGAUUUCUUAGGGAUCGCGACCGCUUUUCGCAGCGCAUAUUUGUGCUUUACACUCUGUACCAUCCUGUGUAGGAAUACGGUGGCACCGGCUCGAACCGGGCCGGUGACGAUCUGUCCCCUUGAAGCCCAAACUUCUCCC